AUGGUUGAUGUUGAAGAUGUAGUCAGGUGGAUUGUCUAUAAAUGCAGAGAAGAAGGACAUCCAGUUACCGAAGCUCUUGCAGCUUAUGUGGCACAUACUACGAUAAAUCCAGAUACCCAGCGAUUUUUCUUGGAAACUGUAUUAUCCUCUGAAGCUGAAGCGAGGAAACUAGUUGACAUUGCAGCUGGGAAACUGAAACUGGAAGGACAGGCUUCCAUGGAAACUUUGAGAAUGCAAAUCGCUUAUGACUCAGCUUAUGUCCAGCAAGAAACCUUUCAGCAGCAUUUUCAAGGGGUGCAGAAUCAAGAAACAAAUGGGUAUAUUGAUGAAAUUGUGAAUUGCGAAACUCGCAGUGGAAACGAUUUUGAAGGAAUCACACUUUUAUACAAAAAGAUUUUCAGCUUUUUACUUUUUAGAAAUAAGCUUAUGGGUCUGAAUUACGCCCAAGCAAUUAUCAGACCAGGCGGGGGUGCAGGCAGUUUGAAUGCCAUCACAAAUAUUGUACUGAAUCCAAACAUCUCUAAUAAUAUUUUGAGCACCAUUGAAAGAGAAGUGGCUGCAGCUCUAGAGAGUGUGCUCCCAAGGCCCGGGCUCAGACCUUUUGUGGCUAUGUCUACACCUGAAAAAGUCAGCCAGCUAAUGGAAUUAUCAAACAUCGUCAUUGGCAUCCGGCUUUAUAAUAAAGAAACCGGAAAAGGAGGUGCGGGUCUUGAAUCUUUUGAGCAGCUUGUAUCACACCCUGCGAGAGAUCUUAUAAACGUUCUAAACAAAGAAGUCAUUUUGACUGUUGAGCUCUGCGAAGACUAUACAAAUAUACUAAAAGAUAACCAUGGACCUGAGUGGGAAGCAUGACGAGAUGAACUCACACACAGGAGACAACAUUUAAGCUAUCUGCUAGCACUUCAAGAAGAUGUCCAAAAUUCUGAAGCAAUUAUUGAAGGACUGCACAGUAGAUAUAUCCGUGAAUUGGUCGAGCUAAAAGAGCUAAUAGGCAAUAAGACAUCAAUACCUAAAGAUCAGGUAUAUCCUAAGUUUGAUACUCUGUGCCAGGUAUACACACAGAUGAACGAAGAAAAAAAUCAUUGCAUCCUCAGAAAAGAGCUCUAUAGGAUUUUAAACGAGCAUAAAGCUAAAGUACCUUUAACUAUGACUCAAGAAGUUUUGCUAGGGGCUAAGCAGAGAAAUGUGCAAACUCCAGACAGGCUUGAGAAUGAAGGAUCAAGAAUCCAUCAGGGUGUUAAUAGGCUGACAAAUGAAAAUACUCCUGAAUUUAUGCAUUUGCCACUCGAUUAUCAAGGAUUUUGCAUUUGAAGCUUGGUUAGAAGAAAUGGACUUUUGGUGCCUGGAAAGCCAACAUUAGGAGUAGUAAGAUAUAGAGACAGACACUUUGUCCUCUCUUCUCCUCAAGCUAUGCUGGAAUUUAUGGAAAAUCCAAACUUUUUCUUAGACGAGUGUUUGGCUAUGGCAAGAAUUCGGCCAGAGCUUAUUCAUCUGCUAACUACCCUUUAAGGGCUAAUUGGUACAACAUCAUCUUUAGAAUUUUCCAAAUAAAUCCUCGAUUGAUUAUAUUCUUAAAAAUAAAUUUCAUAAACUAAAUUAAUUUUCUCAUUUAAAUAUUGAGAUUUUUUAAAAUCCAAAAAAAAAAGUAUAUUCAUUUUAAUGUAAUUUUUUUAACAAAAAAUAAGCCUCCUUUUUGGGCGAGAGAAAAUUUCUCGCUCUUAAAGAAGUAAGGAUGUCAGAAGAAUUCCCCAACUGCUCACUUACCCACCUUUUACAAGGUAAAGACGGCACUCCUCUUUUUUCUGUCACAGCCCCACUUAUGCUGGACCAAGGCUUAGAAACGCCUUUGCACUUUGUUGAGAGCCACAUCGACCCGAAUUAUCACUGGAACGAAUGGGUUCUUACUCCCUUUCUUUUUAACAAACUAAAAAAUCUUUCUACCAACAAUAUUUAAAGGUGAAAUAUUAUUUAAUUGAUAAAUGGCAUAUUUUAAAACUAAAAUUUACUAUAAAGUGAUGAGAUUUCAUUAUUAAAAAUAUUACUUAUAUAUUAAAAUAGUUUAUACGAAAAAUAUUUUUUUGCUUGCUAAUUAAAUUAAUUUUCCCGAAAAUAGGGAUUUGACGAAUGGUUUUGGAAAAAUAAAGGGAGUUGAGUCAGGAAAAAAGCCCUUCAAAUGGCAGAUAUAAGAAAACGACAAACGACUGGUGCUCAAACCGAUCAAAGCAACUUCAAGAGAGAUAACGAAACUCAGGUCUAUUUGCCAAAGGAAGAGGAAACACAAACGCUCAUCACCAAAUGGACUGAUAUGGAUUGGAUCUUAAACAGAAUGGACUUAAAGCCUGGAGAAAAAGCAACUGAUGAAACUCAUGGCUUAGAAACACAACUUAAUUAUAUUGUUGGAGUAAGAGGUGAUGACAAGUGGAAAAAAGUUAAAAAGUAA